UUCUUCCUUCCACACAUCAAAACAUUCUUUGCCUGCCAUUACAACUUCAGCAGCAAAGCAAUCACAUCCUUCAAUUUCCAACAUGAAGAUAAAGCAAACGCUCUUAUUCUCAAUCCUUCUAAUUGCCCCCAUUUUCUCAAUAACCGCUUUAGCUCAGUCACCAGCUGCAGCCCCUAAAUCUCCAGCAAAACCUGUUCCAGCUGCACAGGCUCCGGCACCCGCAAAGCCAUUAGUCCCAGCAUUGCCCCAGUCGCCCUCUUCAGGUGCGGACUCUUCUGGCAGCCAAGACAUCGUGAAGAUCCUGAGAAAGGCCAAGUCAUUCAACACACUAAUCCGGUUGCUGAAAACCACCCAAAUCAUCAACCAAGUGAACGCACAGCUUGUCACCUCAAAGAACGGAGGCUUAACCAUCCUUGCACCAGAUGAUGGUGCCUUCUCAGAACUCAAAGCAGGGUACUUCAAUUCCCUGGGAGACAGACAACAGAAAGCAUUGAUACAGUAUCAUGUCCUCCCCGUUUAUGUGUCAAGCUCAAACUUUGACGCUCUGAGCAACCCCGUGCUGACACUGGCCAGUGACAGUCCCACAGGGUAUCAGCUGAACGUGACAGCAUAUGGUAACAGUGUGAACAUUUCAACCGGGGAGGUGAAUGCCACUCUCACAGGUAUUGUGUACACAGAUAAGACUCUUGCAAUCUAUCAUGUGGACAAGGUGCUCAUUCCUUUGGACUUCUCUAAGCCUAAGACUAUAGCUCCAUCACCAGCUGUGGCCAAGGCACCUAAAGCUGAUAAGGACAACUCUUCAGCGGAAGAUGAUGACCAGGCUCAAGCAGCCAAGGACAGCUCUGAUGCGAUCAUUCAUGGGACAACCUUGGUGUCCUUUGGAGUUGCUCUACUUGCAGCAGCUGCUACAAUGUCGUGA